GCUUUAUCGUGUAGCUACAGCUGCUGCUCGUCAAGGCUUCACGUAGAAUUUACGUGAGUGGUUUGAUAACAUGAUAGUAACAUUUAGGUGGAAUUACGCCAUGAUAGACUUGGUUUGGUUUGCAUCAGUAAGCUGUGAUGAAUGUUUGGCAUGUCGGGUCGCUGUUGUGUGGCGGGGUUUUGCUCCAACGCUCUCAGGGUUUGGAGUUCACGGUGGACAUAUAUCACUAAAAGUGGGCAUGCAUGUGAUGUCACCCAACACGGAAGUCGCUGCUGUCACUCCUCCCACAGUCAUCUGUGACUGAAAUGAAGAAGCCUGUUAAAACCCCUUCCACACACGGGAUACGUGACAUUGCUGCUUCAUCAGUCUGUGGAAGUGACGAUAUUGUACUGUUCACACGUGGCUCACCUUCACCUCAUUCAGACAGACCCACCCCAGUGAUGUGUAGCUGUCAAAAGACUGCACAGAACGUCCAGUCUGGAUGAAGAUUACUAUGCACUAAUAAAUUGAAGACUAAAUCUAAACUAAUAGCAGGCUGGUGUCUAAAUACCUAAUAGCCUGCCUAGUUUUUAAUUAUUUCCUAAACUCUGAAAAUGUUGUAUGUAUGUCAAAUCAAGUCACUGUUUUAUUUAUGCAACACAUUUAAUAUAAUCAUACUCAGCUAUUAAGCUGCUCAGCCAAAGUGCUUUGUUAGCAUACUGAGGUGAAGACCCCAGAGUAUUUUUUAAUAUGGAUAUCUACCUUGACUGUCUGGGGUAGUGGUGAAGUGAAGAGAGAAAAAGAAAGCAGAGACAAACAGAUAGCAAACAAGAGAACAUUAAUAGAUCGCUCCAGAUCCAAAGGUACCUGCAGAGAAGAUCAGAGAGAGAGGAUAAACUAGUGUACAAAACUGCACUGAGGUAGAGACAAAAAUCACCUAUACCUCUAAACCUCUGUACACACCUGUAGAUCCGUUAUCCCUUAGAUGCACAAGUGAUUGGACCCUACACUCUUCCAUAAGUGGGUCAAAAAUGACCUGUAUAAGAAUCAAUGUGUAUUUAUGCCAUUUUUGUUAUUUUGGUUAAGAAUAAUAAUUUUGUAAUUGUUUCUAUUAUAUUUUUGUAGAUGUAGGAAUGAUUUCAUGUUUGAAAUAUGUUUAUUUUUCACUUUAUAACACAUUUUGAUCAUUUUGAUAAUUGAAAAAGAAGAAUGUCAAUGUCUAUUUUGUUGACAUUUUUCCACUCUUUUCCUGCAUCUGUUCCUGCUCUCUGUCCCUCCAAGUUUGUGCACCGCAUCACCUCUUGUAUGAUAUUAUCACUGAUAAAGAGCUUGGAGUAGUAAUACAAAUAUGUCAAUUUCUUUAAAAGUAUAUGAGAUAAUUAAAAAAUAAUAAUUGGGAUUAUAUAAAAAACAUAUUUUUUGAUGAAUAGCUGGAAUGUGAAAUGAUAAAAAGUUUUUAUUACAAAGAUAUUGCAAGAAAACGGCCACCGGGUUAUUUUUGACCCUCUUGUGCAUCUCAGGAUUAAGACAACCAUAUAAACAGGAAGGCCAAAGUAAAGGGCUAGAUUAAAAAGAUGCAGAAUUGUAAAAGUCUCUGAUUGAUCUAACUACCACUUGGCAUUAAAAUAGAAAUGUCCUGACAAAUGUGAUGGAGCUCAGGGCUCAACUUGAGGAUGGCCACUAUGUAACAAAUUAUUGAACAAAACAGAACAAAAGUGAAGAAAAGUACACAGUGUGACUUGCUGUUAGAUCCUGAUCGAUUCUGUCUUCCUCUUGGAGAUAUCUUAUAAGUAAUUAAUGAAGUUGCCGGAUUUUAGUGGCUGCUGUGGCUUAUUUGAAGAUGUGUGCAACUCUCUUGCUUUGGAGACACUCAUAUGGAUCCAGCUGCUGCUUUGAAUUACGUUUAUAAUUGGUGAGGCUCAUUUUUAUGUGACAGUUGACAUUGGUUUGUCUGUCUGUUCGCCACAUUAUUUAGAAAGAGACUAACAGAUUAGGAUGUAAUUUUCAGGGAAGGUCAGAAAUGACACAAGGUCCAAAUGAUUAGAUUAUAGUCUGGAUCCACGUAUUUGUUAAAGAUUUCUGUAUCAUUGAGAGAUAACAGCACAGCAUCACUGUAACUAUGACUACAAGUGAACACUAUUUAAACACUUGUGCGUCCUUUUUUGUAUAUGUAUUUUUUAUUUGUUAUCUUUGUUCCUGCUGGGGCCUCUUGCCAGGUCAUCACUGUAAAUGAGAAAUUCUUCUCAACGGAUCUCACCUGACAAAAUAAACAUUUUUUUAAAAAACUACGUCCUUUGACUGCUGACAAUCACAUGAUCCGAUCACAAAUCGACCGCUGCGGACCAUAAUUUUUUUUUUAAAGAUUUAAUCGGAAAUCAUACAAUGACUGAGCAGCCUUGGUGGAGUACUGGGCUCUCUGAGUGCUUUUCUUGUUCUGAUCUGUGACAGUCUCUGUUUUCAUCGCAGUCAGGUUUUAUUGUUUUGGACAUUUUCGUUUGUAGUAGAUGCAACAUUGUAAAGCAAAGUGAACGGGAAAGGGCUUUUUUAUAUUUGACAGUGAACUGUGUCCUUAGCCAUUGGAUGUUUUUGGGCCAACAUUGUUGCUGAAAUGUUGAAAAAGUCUUCCCCAAGUCAUUCAGCACAAUUCACAAAGUACCUCAGUAAGCCAGCUUAUGUCAUUGUUUUGGAAUUGCUCUGUUUACCCGCCUGCACACUAAAUCACCAAGCCAGUUUUUUAAGCUUUGUACACUCUGGACUGUGCUGUGUUUUGUUUAAGUGACUUAAUGUGGAUGGAGUCUGAUGUGAAUGCUUCCUGAUGGUGCUACUGAAAGUGGCAAAGUAAAGGUUUUUUAACAAAUGUAAACUCAAUUUAAUUUUUAUGGGAAUUUUUAGUCUCAGAUACAGCAGUUAUAUGUCAAAACAGUACAGCUGAGCUGACAUUUAUGCUAUUUUUUCUUAAUAUUUCUGAAUAUUAUUUUAAAUUCCCUUCACUUAUGGUGUAGACGAGAUGUAUACUGUAAGUAUUACUGUUAAUAGAAGAAUGCAUUUAUUCACCAUGAUACGCACAUUUAUUUAGCAGAAUUACCACAUGAGCUUUCUUAUGUAGAUUCAAGUGGAAAGACAUUUUGAUCAGUUCUGUUUUAGUGUGCAUUUCAAACUAAGCGGUGUCAGAUCUUUAAAUUUACCAUAAAACAAUACUAUACAAGUAUUUAUUGAAGCAAAGGUGCUAUCCAUUAUCAAAAUCACUAAUGCGUAUUUGUUUCCAUGAACUUAAUAAUUAGUUGCGCAACCUUUAGCAGGAACACCUGCAACUGAGAGUCGCAAUUAUGGACAAUCUCACAUUGUCCGUCAUUAUAAAAUGGUGAUGUCUGCUUCAUUCUUUGCAUUUUUGCAUGUCCUCCUUUUCUCUCUGCUGGGAUUUCCACUGAUGUUGUUCUAGUCACCAUGCAACAGCAGCUGCACUGACUGAACGUGGCCAAAACACAGCGAAAAAACAGCAGAAGUCCUCCGGUCGACACAGCAAAAAACAAUACAGUUACUCACAAUAAUACAGCAAGAUUGAAAGGAAAAUCUAAAAGAAUUAGCAGGAGCACCUGUAACGGUCUGCACGCACCUGCACAUGGCCUCACAUAGUUGGUUUUGCAGUGAAAUUUUGAGCAAUUCUUCUUUGUGGAGCUGCUGUAGUGCAGCUAUAUUGAUUAGUCAUGGAAAGUGACUAAUCAAGCUAAUGUGUUUGAGCCAAGUUGGCUUACUUCACAUUGUUCUUCCCGUGAUGUGGCUCAUGAGCAUGCUCACAUUGCAAUAGUGAUGCUGAAACAAUACAUCCUGAAGCCAUGACUCUCAUGCCUUUCUGUGCACACAGCACUGUUACCACACUGUUUAAUGUUUGAAGAGGAAUGCCUUCUCAGUCGCUCAUACUGAAGUUUCUUCCCUUUUUAUGACAUUGUUUCCUUUUCUGUAUCAAGGUACUGAGAAUAUAACUCCUUGGGGAAAAUUUGUGCUUUUGGGCUAUAAAAGGUAAUUUUAUUGACACUGGUGGUAAUUUUUAGAAUUUGCCGGCAUUAGUUUGGGUAUGCAAUUCAAACAUAGGACAAGUUGACAAGAUUUUGUCUGAGUCUGUCCAACAAAAACAUAAUAGGAUUGAAGUGAAAAUGAUAUGCAGCAGUAAUGGUUUAUGUUCAGUCCAGGCAACUACCUAAAGACACGUGAACAAAUACUGUAGUUGAGGUUUGUGUUACACAUGUUCUCUGAGUUUGUCUGUAUUCGUAGGUGGGUGUUUAUGUGCAUGUGAGUUUGUGUGUGCACUGUGGCCUGCACAAAGGACAAAGCCAGCAUUAUUUGACAUUGGCUUACUUCUGUUUUCACACACAAAAAUAACACACAAACCAGAGCAGCAUGUAGGGGAGCAGGGCAAACACAGCUUCACGCAGGCCGGAACCUAAUUGUUAGCUCCUGGUGUGGCUAGUCCAGGGAUUAGCUACUGGCUGGGGAGUACUAUUCACUUCCCCUUUCAUUCCCUCUGCCCACUAGGCCUUAUCACCAUCAAUCUGACACCCUGUUUAUCUGACGCUGCAGCCAAAUCUGCUGUCCUAGGAGAAAUGUUCACAAAGACCGUGGAUCAUCAGCACUUUGAUUGUGGUGGUCCAAAUGGGCAUUACUCUCUCUGGCCCCAGUUAUCCCAGCACCCCUCUGUCUCCAUGAUCUCCAUGCAGUGUUUAGUCCCAGUCCUAGAACCUGGAAAGCCAAGCUAAAGGCCUGCCACUUUGUGUCUGUCAUUUGUGCGCUUCAUUUUAAAACAAAGGUGUUUCCUUGGUCAGAUUUUGUUUGCUGUGUUUGUGUUCCAGUGGAUGGGUUUUCCGUGUGGAUUGCGACAAACUGUUUCUCUCUUCUUUUUGUGCACUGUUGCCUUGUUACAUCGGUUGCCCGGGACUUAGCAAGUGUACAUUCUGGAGUUUACCACUGCCAUCUGAUCCCUGCGUCAGUUUAGCUUCAUCGUGUUAAAGAAGCAGAAAGGAAAAGAAACAGAUUUCGCCAUCAUGGCUUCUUUUAAGCUGGAUUUUCUCCCUGAGAUGAUGGUGGACCAUUGCUCUUUGACUUCUAGUCCUGUUGGGAAGAAGAUGAAUGGGUCUCUGGACCACCCCGACCAACCAGAUGUUGAUGCCAUUAAGAUGUUUGUGGGCCAGAUUCCACGGUCCUGGUCAGAGGAGCAGCUCCGUGAGCUGUUUGAGCCCUACGGAGCAGUCUAUGAGAUCAAUGUCCUCCGAGACCGCAGCCAAAAUCCACCACAGAGCAAAGGCUGCUGUUUUAUUACGUACUAUACACGCAAAUCAGCCUUAGAAGCACAGAAUGCUCUGCACAACAUGAAGAUUCUGCCAGGGAUGCACCAUCCGAUCCAGAUGAAGCCAGCUGACAGUGAGAAAAACAAUGCAGUGGAGGACAGGAAGCUGUUUAUUGGAAUGAUCUCUAAGAAGUGUAACGAGAAUGACAUCCGACUGAUGUUCUCACCAUAUGGACAGAUAGAGGAGUGCCGGAUACUUCGAGGCCCUGAUGGACUCAGCCGUGGUUGUGCAUUUGUGACAUUCACAGCUAGACAAAUGGCUCAGUCAGCUAUCAAGUCCAUGCACCAGUCCCAGACAAUGGAGGGCUGUUCAUCACCCAUCGUAGUAAAGUUUGCAGACACUCAGAAGGACAAGGAGCAGAAGCGUAUGGCCCAACAGCUGCAGCAGCAGAUGCAACAACUUAGUGCUGCUUCCAUGUGGGGAAAUCUCACUGGGCUCAACAGUCUUGGGCCACAGUACCUUGCACUCUACUUACAGUUGCUGCAGCAGUCAGCCUCCACAGGGAAUGCACUCAACAACCUGCACCCUGUUUCAGGUCUUAACGCCAUGCAGAACCUGGCAGCUUUAGCAGCAGCAGCAAGUGCCACACAGGCCACACCUACAGGCUCCAGCGCCAUGACGACGUCUAGCAGUCCUCUUAGUGCACUAACAAGCUCAGUAAAUGUCCCCCAAGCAGGCUCCUCCCCCACAUCCAGCAGCAACUCAUCAGUGAACCACAUGGCUUCUUUGGGCGCUCUGCAGUCUCUGGCUGCUACUGCUGGAGCUGGCCUCAACAUGGGCUCCCUGGCAGGAAUGGCGGCGCUAAAUGGCAGCCUUGGCUCUGGAGGUCUGUCUAAUGGCUCAGGAAAUACAAUGGAGGCACUGAGCCAAGCCUACUCAGGCAUCCAGCAGUAUGCUGCUGCUGCCCUCCCCAGCCUCUACAAUCAGAGCCUGUUGUCCCAGCAGAAUGUCUCAGCUGCAGGCAGCCAAAAAGAAGCCAGCAGCAGAUGCGGCACCGGUCCAGAAGGUGCAAACCUGUUCAUUUACCACCUGCCUCAGGAGUUUGGAGAUCAGGACCUCCUCCAGAUGUUUAUGCCCUUUGGAAAUGUCAUCUCUGCAAAAGUUUUCAUUGACAAACAGACAAACCUUAGCAAGUGUUUUGGCUUUGUGAGCUAUGACAACCCAGUGUCAUCACAGGCAGCCAUCCAGUCAAUGAAUGGUUUCCAGAUUGGUAUGAAAAGGCUGAAGGUGCAGCUGAAGCGCUCAAAGAAUGACAGCAAGCCCUACUGAAGGUGCUCAGGCACUGCACACUUAGUUAGGCAGGGUGAUGUUAUGGUAAGUGGAGUAUAAAUAACCAACUAGGACUGGUCCACUCAGAAACGUAUCUGUGCAUUACAGGGCUACUACACUGCACUCCUGGUCAUUCAACAAGUCCAGACAAACACAUGGAGCUACAUGCAAAAAGUUUUCAGGAUAGACUGGAUUCUCCCUGUGUUCUUUUGUGGUUUACGUAUUUUGUUUUCCUUUUAACAAAUAAGAGAAGCAGGGGUGUUUUAUUUUAAGUUAAAAUAUUGUCAGUUUGCUGUGAUUGAUUAUAUAAAUUUGAGUUGAUUGUUAAGGGAUGUUGCACAUUGACCGUCAGGUGCCAAAUCUAUCUGUUACUUUCCGUUCACUUUCCCUUCCACCGCCCAAACUCAACAGAAAACUUUUUAUAACCAAGUCAUUGCUACUUUUUCUACAUUUUCACAAACCAAAUGUGUGCUUUUAUCUUCUUUUGAACUUGGUUUCUGUAUUAACUGCAUAAUAAUUAGUAAUAAGGUUGAAGGCAAGGAAAGGCAAAGAAGCUUAGAUUGUUCAAAAAAGAAUUUCGCCACAAAAUAUGCAAAUGGCAUUUCGACAUAUUGCGAUUGUAAAUUGUGUGUGGGGGGGAAGGAGGUUACCGUUAUGAGGGACUAGCAAGUGACUAUUGUAUCAGUUUGGAAACCUGUGCAUGCCCUGGACAUCUUGUUUCUGUUCUCUGCUGUUUCAACUCUGAGCUAAAGUCACUGAGGUUUAUCCUCACAGCCUCCCGUUACCUCGGUGAUAGAUAAAGAGGAGCUGUUGUUUCUGUUAUCUGUUCGCCUUGGAGUUCUGUGGUUUGCCAGGACUGUCACCUGUUUCUGAGUUACAUCCUAAGAUGUCUCAUAAAUGUUUGAUUGUAUUUGACUUGAAGCAGCUGUUGCAUGGCUUACAUAAUUGAAGUGGCCUCGGGUGGGUGGAAACACGUUUGCAUUUGGUUUGUGUAGUAAACAAUCAUUGGCUAGAAUGUUUUCUGUAAGACGAGGACACUAUACUUCUGUCAAAUAAUGAACUCAUUACAUUUUGUUGUGCUAUUCUUUAUUUGGAGACGAGUUUUUAAAUGCACUUGGAUUUGCAUGUAAAUAUAUAUGUUUCAUGAGUCACGGGUCAGAAGUCAGGCUGUUGUGGGCUGUGAAGCCGAACUGUCGGCUGCAACUAGCAAUAUGGUGAACUUGGGCAAUAACACCAAACUUUGUAUUCUUUUUCCACUCGCCCAACAAUCUGUCUAAUGCAGAUGUAAUGCUUUUUAUAAAUUCAUUCUAUGGUUUUAGUUGGUUUUUACUCUAAAUCCAGGUGUUUUGUAAAAAUUCAUCAACAGCCUUCAGCCACUUUCCUGCUAGUGAGCAGAUAAUCUAUGGAGGGCUAAACCACUAUGUCUCACACUGAAUAUCUUUCGUUAUUGGAGAGGUCAUAUAAAUUGCUCAAGACAAACCUGGUAGCUGUUUAGACUUCCAGGAAAUCCUGUUUUUUUUUAUACAGAGCUAGGAAGCAAGAGAAAUGUUGGGAUAUAUAUUUAAAAUGUAAUGCCUUUUCUAUUUUUAUAUAGGUUUUAUACUUCCCCUGUGUGUUGGGGAGCUAUUUAUUGCCUAAAUUAUUUAUCUCAAUUGAAAUUACUUGGAAAGACAAAUGUGAAGUCUUCACCUCCAUUUGAUCUCCUGGUGUGUGUCUUUUUCUUGCCUGUUAAGUGUUGUUCCUUUGUGUUGAUGUGUUCUACCUGUCAGUGUGGCAUGACCUGUGUCCACAGGAUGCAUUGGUGCCAUUAUGGACUCUAAUUCAUACAUACCUUCAUCUUAAUAAUUCUCUCAUUUUCCAGCAAGCUUAUUCUAAAAAUCAAUUUCAACAUGUGUCUGUUCGUUUUGUCUUUCUGUAUGAAUAGAUAGAAAAAAAUAAGCACCAAAUGAAGUACUGGCCACAUUUCUAGUGCUAGAAAGAGUUAUAAAAUCAAUUCCAAGUCCAAAGAUUGAGUCAGUCAUAGUGCAACUAAGUGAAUACAUCCAGACUGCUCCGAUCAUUUGUCUUUGCUUUAGAGUCUUUAAUAUCAAAGCAGCACCGUGUUUAGUGUAAUAUAGUCCCGUUCACCUAAUUUUAAAAACCCCACACAACAUUUUUCAGGGUCAUAGCUGAUCUUGCUGCGUUGUCAUUUAAGUUUGGCUUAAAGAAAAGCAAACUGCAUGAGCAGUGAAAAUGAAAUGAGGUCCAACUGUUGAAUAGUUUGAUAGCUGUAAGGUUAUGGUCACUGAAAAAAAACUACUGCAGGAUUUGAAUUUAUUGAAAACCAGGCAUGAACUCUGAUGAUCGCCGUUACAGAGGCCAGUUCAUGCCUUCUGCGUCCACACUGCUGCUGGAAUCAACAGAACGAAGACAGAGAUAGGUGUAUUCUGUGCAUCAAAAGGCUUUGAGUUAAUCAGCAGGGUGACAGUGCUAAACAAAUUCAAGUGGAGGCUUGUCACUUCAACGUAAUAUCCAUUGUUUAGUUUCGAUCUGGGUAUACUGAAGCACAGAAUUUGAGGAAAAAAUGUGUAGCUAUCCAAAUACAAUGUGGACUGUGUUCUAUUGAUACAUUUAACUUUAACCUGCUGUGGACCUGUAUGCCCUAAUAUGAAGUGUCAUAUCGGAAUGUUAGGUGUCUGUGUGGAUACAUAAACUUAUCUUUUAAAGCACCUACCUCCAUGUAAUGCCUGCCCUUUUUAAGGAUACAGACCCUGAAAUGGGGCAUGUCCACCUUAAUGUCUUGCCCACAUGAGAAGACAGUGGUCAACACUUGGCCUAUGAGAAAUUCUGUUUGUUCUCUGUGGGCUGGACUUUGCUUAGUUUUUACUGUGUCACACUGGCUGCAUGUUUUCAGUUGAAGGAGACAUAUUGUAAUGGGCAGCACCAACAAAUUGAACAGGAAGACCACAACUAACAAUAUGUUACUGACUUCCCUACUUUGUCUACGGCUGCUACCCAUACAUUGCACCCCUGUUCAGUAUCACUUAAAUGUCAAACUAUAUUAAACCAUAUCACCUUACAGAUUUAUUUUAUUAGUACGUCAUCUGUCCGCCAUUGUUUCUGAUCAAACGGUCAGUCCUAAUGCACUUCCAUAUCACCCUACCUCUGUGCUUCACUGUCAGGACUAUGCAUUACUGUGGUAGUCCUGAUCAGGUGCCUGCCAAACAUGACCCCAUCUGAGCUGUACUAGUUUGUGUCGGUCUCAUCUGACCAAAGAAUCUGCUCCCCGUAUUCAUCAGGCUGCUUUUCAUGUUCUUUAGGGAGGGUUUUGUUCUUGCAUACUGUUCACAAAGGCUGACUUAUGUAAUGUGCCUCACAUAGUCCGAGCUGUCAGCGACGCCAAUUUCCACUGAUACCUGCACCAAGUCUAAAACAUUUGGCACUCUGUUUUUGCUAUCGUGUUAUGAGGAUGGACACUGAGGCUGUAAUCAGUGCUGCUAUGGCUCACUACUGCUGUAGCUGUGUUCCAGCUGAUUUUUAGUUGGACACCAAUGUUCCUGUGUCCUUUUCAAUCUUUAUGAAAGUCUCACAAUCAGAUUUUUCCGAUUCUCUGGCAAUUCUUUUCCAUGCAAAUAUGAAAAUAGUCACAGCAAUUUUAAUGUAGUAAAUCUAAACUGUUAGAUUUUACUUUUCACAAAAAAGUUCCUUACAGUUCAACUUAACAUAAUGCAGUUACUGUAAGGUGUUGCUUUUUCGAAUCAUUUGACAUUUAAGUAAUAUUGUACAGGGGAGUACGCACUGCUCUAGAUCUCUUUUUUUUACUAUAUUAUCAGUCUAGAUCAUGCCAUAUACCCACUUCCUACAACUAAUGACAACGAAUGACAACUUACAAAUUUAGUCAUUUCAAAGCAGAUGUCAAAUGGAAGGGUUGGCAUUUUGGCUUUAUUAGUCUAAAUGCCAGUUGCUGAUUAUAGUAGGAUAAAAACAAACAUUAUUCCAGGGGCAACCUCCAGCCUCCAUAUGUGAUUAGCUGUAUUUAGAUGUUGUGCUAGACUACAGCUGCUUUUCCAGACCCCUGGAGGUCUGGUGUGACCUGCAUGUUGUCACUGAUUCUGUGCAUUUUAUUCAGGCUGUCAUGUGUGUUUUGGUGUUGUCAUCCACCUCAGUUCCCAGUAGCAUGUGAAUUGUCCUUACUCUGUCCCUGACACUGUUGAAUGUUUAGACCGUAAUCUGCUCCACACAAAGAUGAUCAUUCUUUUCUCUCUCCUGUCUGUGUUCCAUUGCUGUUUAACCCAGGUUUGUCUCCCUGUUGUGUUUUUCUUUUUUGUUUUUUCUAGAUCUCUUCCUGUUUGCCCUAGCAUGUUGAUGUGGCGUCACAGUUCAUCGUCCAGUUCUUGUCCUCUGCGCUUCUCUGAUGCUUCAAAUUUCACAUUUGACCUUGUGUUUGACAUUGAUUACCCAGGAGGUUGUGUUUGUUUUGUUGUUUCCCAUAUGUCCUGUGUGCUGCCAACACAGGCACUAGAAAGACUGCCACUGAACGUGCUUGUAAGUUAAAUUAAAAUUAUUACAAGGUAAAAGGAAAUCUAUUUUUCUAGAACUAACUGAUGUAACCACUAGGUUUUUGUGAAAUCAGUUUGACAUGAGUCUGGCCUUUAACCUUGUUUUUAUCUACUGUAUUGUGGAUCAGUCCUUCCAGUGCCCAUAUCCUCUGCUUCUGUUGUGUUUUUGUGGGAAAGCGGCUAAUCUCCCAUUAGAUAAUGUUCUGUGAGUGUUGGCGUGUGUCUUCUAAGUUAAAAGAAUUUCAAGCAAGUUCGUGAUCAUAUGUUGUUGGACAUUUGUCAUUUAUGCUAGGUUCACAGAAGGUUAAUCCUCGGGAGCUCAAAGCACAUGAUACUGUUGUGCUCUUUUUUUCCUGCAGAAAAUCAGACACAAAAUCCACAGAGGACAGCCUUUUCUGACAGUAUAUUUAGUAUGCAUGUUUUUUUUUAUAUCUGCACUGAAGUUCUUGGCAAAGUGAGAUUUAGUUUGUGUUAAGUUAAAAUUGAUUAAUAAACUUGUGCCAAAUGUUUUGUACAAUCAGUAUUUCCCCCUUUUAUUAGACUUGCUUUGUGGGUCAGACUAAUUGUAGAAGAAAGGGUUGAUUGGUGUGGCAGGCGGUAUCAUAUACAGCAGGUUUUACUGCAGAGCUGAUGUCAAGUCGACUGGUUGCAACAUUAAAUUAGUUUUGUGUGGAACUAUACAGACCUAGAGCGCUCACACACCAGUAUCAAACACAAGCGGCCCACUCAUAAUCAAUGGAGGGUAUUGUGUUUGUGUGCAUUCUUUGAAUAAAAUCCAGAGACCCACACUCA